UUAAAAAAAGUUGCACCGCGAACAAAAUGUACCACCUGGAAGUGCUUGGUGUGGUGGUGGUGAUGCUGGCCGGAAGCAGUUUUGCAUACAUUGUGAAGGAUGGCAACUGCUCGUUGGUAUCCGCCAACAUUCCAGUGCUGGACAACUUUAACCUCGAAAAGUAUCUCGGCAAAUGGUACGAGGUUGAGCGGUACGAGCAGGACUACGAGCGCAACCUGGAGUGCGUUACGGCUGAGUACACCCGGAAAGUGCAGGACGGCUCGAUUGAUGUAAAGAACAAGGGCUUCCUGGCCAAGAAGGACGCAUACGCUUCGUUCAGCGGUAUCGCCUAUAUCUCGGACCCGCUGCUCGAUCCCGUCGUAGCAAAACUGAACGUCAGCUAUGGAAUCUUGGCGAGCGGAAUCUCAAACUACUGGGUCGUGGACACGGACUACCGCAACUUUGCCGUCGUGUACUCCUGCACGCCGAUCGACGACUCCGAGUCCGUCAUCGAGGGCUACUGGCUGCUGUCGAGAACGCCCAAGCUGACCGAGGAGCUGCAAAUCACGGAGAAGCUGCGGUACCUGCUGGAGACGUACUUUGUGCCAUCGCACGUGCGGCCCACCAACCACAGUGAAGCUUUAUGCCGCAAGGAGCCCGAAAUACCACCGGUUCCCGCAUCGCUGGUGCUACCUCCGCUGCCCUGAAAUGUGCCAUUUGCAGCCAUAAACGGUGCGCGCUAGCGCGUGUGCAGCUAAUUGCAGUAUUAUCUUCAGCAGCUCAUUCUAGCGGUCUAUUUACCUACCAAGACUCAUCACUUUUACUUUCCUUCGGAUGAUAGUCGCCGCCGCCACACCGAUCAAUUCAAACAAAACUGACGACGAGUUCACUGAAUCGUCCGAGUUCGUGCUCUGCUGUCCUAAAUGCCAUUUUCAAAAUGGUUGAAAUGCAAGAUAUAGGUCGUUUGUUACGGUGAACUGCAACUGACAGUUGUGUCAACUGUCAGUUUUGAUUAAAUCAAAAAGGCAUCUUCGACAAACGUGCACGACUCCAACGAAAUGUGUAAAUGUGGCUCUGGUUGCGUGGCUGAUCUUGUUCCAUGCUCUCUGUCUCUUUUCCGAACUUCUGAACACAACCUCAUACUAUACUACUUUAGGCGAUAAGUUAAUGUUAUGUAAAUAAAUACAGCUGAUUAAAGUGUGGCACCUUCUCA